AUGGGUAUCUGGCAGAGCCAACAGACCUCGAAAGAGGCUGAGUAUGGGAUCAUCCUCAACGCCAACAAUGAGAUCGAGGAAAUCCCUGGUGAAGAGGGCACAGACUAUGUCUCUGCCGAGCAUGUGCUGCGCCUUCAUGUCCAUGAGUGGCGUGAGGAUUCACGAUCCUUUCAUCUGGGAAUUGACAAACAGACCCCUCAUGACGACUUCAAGGUUUCGCUUGACUAUAUGAAUGAUGUCUUGCAAAUGUCCUUUACGAUGCCUGCUGAAUAUCCAGGGGGGCGCAUAGAGCUCCUUCGCAAGGUUCGACAGCUCCUCAACGACAGCUCACGACUGGGCAUCAAGGACGGCUCUCGGCUCAGCUUUGGUAUCACACACCACUGGAUGGGUGCGGAUGCGUUCGUCAGGUUCAAUAACAGCAUGAGAAAGGCAUCCAAGAAGAUAGGGGCUAUUUGGAAACUCGACGACUGGGGUAACGAAGUUUCUCUCUAUGGCUGCACCGCAAGCUGGAGAAAGAAAAGCGAGAAUUCCGACCACGUCCACAUCAAAUUUCGGGUCGACUCUGGCGAAAUGGUUGUUUUUACCGUGAACACCGUUGGAAGUGACUACCGGGACAUGAGAGUGGCCGAUCUGGCAACUUACAUUCAAAUCAUGUUGCUCCCGGUUCGGAUAUGGCUUCGAAUCCGAUUCUGGCGUGACCUGUACCUCAAAAUCCACAAACAGAAGAAGGCGAAAAUAGAAGCCCUCGUUACCGCCGCUGCUCUGCAGCUCGACCCAUCAGAACCUGAUACUGCGGAAGGACAGCUCGCAUUAAAGGAGCUGCAGGAGCUCAUGAUCACCACCGAGAAGAAAGCCACUAAUGAUCCUGCAGCCGAUGUAGUAGCUCGGCAGCAUUACAAAAUGCAAGAGAAGGAUCGCAAGGCUGCGAGACCAGGCACCAAGGGUGCUGAUGAGAAUCAACAGGCGGAGUCGGGAAGUAUUCUGGAAAAAGCGAUGUCCAGUGAGGAGGAUGCUGACUUGGGGAAUGUGAAAUUGACGCCCAUGUCACGGAAGAAGCAAGGGCAAAAGGCGUGGAGACAGUCAAAGAAGGCCUUAAAGAGGUUUAAUCAAAAGGAGGGAAAGCGUUUGCUCAAACAAAACGCUAAUCUGGCUGAACAGCAACUUGCAGAGGCUCAGGGUAAGUCUCAGGAGUUGCGUGAACUGAGCGCCGACGACAAACCCGUUGCCUUGACGCACCCCCAAUCUAUCACCAGCGUCAAGUCUUGUCCAAAUUAUCCUUUCUCUGAUUCUCCUGAACCGCAAAGUCCAACAGAAUCUGCUGGAUUUCACACCCCUGCACAGUCACCCCGCUUGACCUCGACUUCGGACUCAAGAAUCCUGAGCGCCGGCGACGGUGACAUCUUUUCAGCUGGAGAGUCCGAAUCACCCAGUCACCCUGGUAAGCAAGAAUCUACAUCCCCUUCCCACAUCCUUUCAGACCUAGCCUUCGUCCCGACAGAUCGAUUGACCACGUUUUCAGAAGCCGGGAAACGCGACUCUGAUGCGACUCUGGCUGAGAAUAUCCCACUUCCUGACGAUACUCUGGCUGAGAAUAUUUUUCUCCUUGAAGAUACUCUGGCUGAGAAUAUCGUACUCCUUGAGGAGAUUUUGCCUGCGAACAUCCCGCUUCCUGCAGAUACUCUCCCUGGACAUAUCGUUCUCCCUGCACAUACUCCAGAACGAAAUACAGAUAUUCCACCUGAGGCUAUUAAUCAACCUGAGGAGACUUCUCGACAGAAUACUUCUUCUGAGGAUACCCCACCCGAGGAUACUCCACGCGGAAGUUCUCAGAGGCUGAGCCUUCCAGUCAGAAACAUCUCCCCUCCAACGGAGACUGUGACGCCAAAGGCCCUUACCUCCACUGAUCGAUCGCACAAGCUUGCAUCCGAAAAAGAUAUCAUCAGAUUCACUCACGAAAUUUCACCGCGUUCAGAACGCGAUACUCCUUGUCUCACUCCAGAGCUUAUCCCAGUACUUCUUUGCGAACAGCCAGAGUCGAACGACUCUAUUUCUGAAUUGGCCUUGCCAUCGGACGACACCAAAUCCGAUAGUGGUAGUUUAGCAUCCACUAUCAAGGCGUCCACUGCACUCGUCAUGGAGAGUGCACCCGUCGUCGAGAUGCAUCAAAAAGGUCCCAACUACAGGAAGAACAGGAAGAAGCGUGAAAGCAAGAUCAAGAACAAGAAGGCUCUCAAGUUCUCAAAACUGGACACUGAGCUCUCCGAAACACAGGAAAACCCCACCAAGCAUGAAGAACCCCGACAGCAAGACGUCGCGGUGCAGGACCCAGCAGUUGCCGAUGCUUCGUCCCAGCACCACUGCCAAAUGACUCUUGCUGAUCCAACGUCCAACCCGGCAGCUUCUCUUCCUAAGAAGUCUAUCAUGAAGGACAAGGGUAAAGCUCAGGUUUCUGACAUUCGGAUGCUGGACUCGGCACUCGGCUCACUUGACAUCAACAACCCUUUUCCUGCAGGUGGCAGCGCAGAGAAUUUGUCAAGUGAUGUCGACCAAGAGGCCCUGGGGUCUACGCCGCGCGCAAGGCGGCUGUCUCACUCGGGUCUCGUUGAAGCCGACAUAGCAUCCUCAUCUCCUGAAUCAACAACAUCUCUCCCUGGCACUGGCAAGUCUCCGAUGCCUGUUAUCCGUGCCAUGACGCCAAGUCCGCGGACUGUGGUACCAGCCGGACACACUGCUCGGGGGAAAAUGCCCUUCGCCACCCCUGCCAUGACGCCCGGUCCGCGGACCGAGGUACCAGCCGGGGUCCUCCAGGGCGGAAUUGCUGUUACUCCCGCUGCGACACCCAGUCGCAGCGCUCAAACUCCGGCACACGCGCCGACGUCGUCAAGCAGCAGCAUUGAAACUGUGGUAGCGCCUGUCAAGGGUCAGUUCUUCUACGACCUGACCUACCACACAUGGAAAUGCGCGCUGCAGGGCUGCGACAAGCACUGCCACUACUGGGACGGACAAACCGUCAACUGCCCCAACUGUGGGCCCCUUUCCACGAUCGUGUAUUGUGGAAAAGACCACAUGCGGGAGGACGUCCUGUGGCACUGGCCGCACUGUGGUGGCUACUCGCUUCAGCGCCACACCAAGCUUAGUUCGGUCCCAGACUUGAUCAAGCUUGGCCCUCCAAUGAUCCCCGGCAUCAACGGCUGGGAUAGCCCCGAGCGACAUCGCCAGGCGGUGUGGUUCAGCUCCAGACGUGAAAAUGAAGGUGACUACUUCAUUUUCACAGACAAGCAUGAGGUGAACAGCUUGGGGCAUCCCUCGGGAUCUGUCGAAGUGCGAUGCUCGUCGCGCGUGUACCUCGUCGUUCAUUGCGACGAGGCGGAGAAGGAUCGUUUCCGCCGCGUUCUCGCAGUGUGUCUCAUGUCAUCGGUGCAGAACACCUACCUGGUCUGCUACCUGUUCCGCCUGAUCAGGGACAGGUUGCGCUUGAGCGGCCAGUGGAGUGAGUAUGUGGAUGACAUGCUCCGAUACCAGUUUCGGUUCGAACUUGGCGUGCAAGUGAACCAACUGGGUGUCGGAGAAAGACACGCCUGCGAGACCGACUGGAACGGUCUAAGCCCUCGCUUUUGUCGUGACCCGGUCUGCGAGUCCGAGCGUGUCACGCUUCUUGGCGAUAAUGGGUGUGUUAGUCGGGGGUUCGCUCGUCUUUGCGACAACUGGGAGUCCAAUUACUGGAUCCUACGGGCGAACCGCACCGCGCACCCCACCGCCAGGAGCGUGAAUGCUCGGAUUUGCGGAGAAGGUUACGACCUUCCGGAAGAGGAUCGUCGACUCUUUCGACGGGGCGAGGGCUGGGAUGGUUACCAAAGCGGUCCCAUGGAGAUCGAGGAGCAGUGGUGUUAA